AUGGCAUCCAAGUGUGUGCACAAAGGUUGCGGGAAGGAGUUCACCGACCCCGAGGAGCCCUGCGUUUAUCAUCCUGGGCCACCGGUGUUCCACGAGGGUCAGAAGGGCUGGAAAUGCUGCAAACCCCGCGUUCUCACCUUCGAAGAAUUCCUCUCCAUCCCACCCUGCACGACAGCCAAACACUCCACCAUCGACGAUACCCCAGCCCCCGAGCCAUCCAAAACCCCAGCCCCCGAAGCCUCGACUACGCCCGUGACCGCGUCGCUGCCUGAACGCGGCGUCAAGCCCAUCCAUUCGCCCGCACUUGCCCCGCCUUCGAAUCCGCCCUCCCCCGCGCCCGCCCAAGACGAGACCGAGUUCUCGGACGACGACAGCCUCGAGAUCCCUGCGAACGCGACCUGUCGGCGGAGAGGCUGCAAUGCUACCUACGAGGGCCCUGCGGCGUCUCGCGACGCUGAGACCUGUGUUCAUCAUCCCGGACAGCCGGUGUUCCAUGAGGGUAGCAAGGGCUGGUCGUGCUGCAAGAAGCGGGUGUUGGAGUUUGAUGAGUUCUUGAAGAUUCAAGGGUGUAAGGACCGACGGAGGCAUUUGUUCGUGGGGAAGGGGAAGCCGCCGGGCGAGGAGAAGGUGGACACUGUGAGGAACGAUUUCUACCAAACCGCCUCCUCCGUCAACGUCUCGCUCUACCUGAAGAAGAUUGACAAGACUAGGGCCAAGGUUGAGUUCUCCGCGAACUCCAUCGCCUUCGACCUGCCGACGACCGACAACAAACGGUACACCGACACCUACUCGCUGUUCGCGCCGAUCGACGCCGACAAGUCGCAGUCCCGCGUGCUGGGCACUAAGCUCGAGCUGACCCUGGUCAAGGCGGACGGAACCAGCUGGCCGGUGCUGCGCAGCGACGAUAAGUGGUCCGGGGAGAGAAUUCAGAUUGGUAAUGCUGGACGGGCUUGA